AUGAGCCACCUCUUCUGCCCGCGGCUGCCGGGCCUGGCCACCUCACCGCUGCUCUACCUGUACGGUCCGGAGCAGCCCGGGCUGCCGCUGACCUUCACCCCCGCCACUGCGCUGGCCGCCUCCGGCCGGGCUGAGCCCCCCCAGAAGCCACCCUACAGCUAUAUUGCGCUCAUUGCCAUGGCAAUUCAGGACGCGCCUGAGCAGCGGGUCACGCUCAGUGGCAUCUAUCAGUUCAUCAUGGACCGCUUCCCCUUCUACCACGACAACCGGCAGGGCUGGCAGAACAGCAUCCGCCACAACCUCUCUCUCAACGACUGCUUCGUCAAGGUGCCGCGCGAGAAAGGGCGCCCAGGCAAGGGGAGCUACUGGACGCUGGACCCCCGCUGCCUGGACAUGUUCGAGAAUGGUAACUACCGGCGCCGCAAGAGGAAGCCCAAACCGGGUCCCGGGGCGCUGGAGGUCAAGCGGGCCCGCGUGGAGAUGCAGCCCGAGGCGGUGAGCGAGGGAGUGCCACCUGGCCCUGAAACCGAGGAGGGAGUGCGCGCACGCCCCUCGCCGGUCCCCCGUGGGCCCUCUCCAUCAGCGACCCUCCCCUGGUCUGUGGUCAGGUCCCCUGACGAGGACCCGCGCCACGUUGUCCCGGGUCCUUUGGUCUUAGUGGGCGGCCAGGCAGGGCGCACAGAGGAGAGCCCCAGCUGCCCUCCGUGCCCCGCCUCCAGCAGUUCUCCGAAAGGCGCCGACAAGGUCAAGAGCUUCAGUAUAGACAGCAUCCUGGCUGGGAGGCCGAGCCCGGAGCCCACCGCGCGGGUCGAGCUCCCAGGAGGUGCCAAGCCGGGUCCGGGUGGCGGGGCUGGGGCCUCGCUGCUAGCCAGCAACUCCGGCCCCCGCUCACCAUUCAAUGCCUCGCUGAUGCUCGACCCCCACGUGCAGGGCGGCUUUUAUCAGCUGGGAAUCCCGUUCCUUUCCUACUUCCCCUUGCCGCUCUCGGACGCCGUGUUUCACUUCCAGUAA